AUGUAUAUUAUGAAUCGUUAUAAUGGAUGUUUCAUCGCUUUUGUAUCUUUGUUCUUCAUUCUGGUCUCCAUCACCACCUUCUGCUUGGAGACUCACGAGGCUUUCAACAAAAUCAUCAACAAAACCGAUCCACGGAAUAGCAGCGGGCAAGACUCUGGUCCACAGUAUGAGAUUGAAACUGACCCUGCACUCACGUAUGUGGAGGGAGUUUGCGUUUUCUGGUUCACCAUUGAAUUCCUAGUGCGGGUGACCUUCUGCCCGGUCAAGCUGGAGUUUGUAAAGAGUGUUCUGAACAUCAUUGACUUUGUAGCCAUCCUGCCUUUCUACUUGGAAGUAGGGCUGAGUGGCCUUUCUUCAAAGGCCGCCAAGGAUGUGUUGGGUUUCCUCAGGGUGGUGCGCUUUGUUCGUAUUUUGCGUAUCUUCAAGCUAACGCGUCAUUUUGUGGGGCUUAGGGUGCUCGGCCACACAUUACGGGCCAGCACCAAUGAGUUCCUGCUGCUCAUCAUCUUCCUGGCAUUGGGAGUGCUCAUUUUUGCCACCAUGAUAUAUUAUGCGGAACGAAUUGGUGCCAAGCCCAAUGACCCCACUGCUAGCCGCCACACCAAGUUCAAAAAUAUCCCCAUCGGAUUUUGGUGGGCUGUGGUGACCAUGACUACUUUGGGCUAUGGUGACAUGUAUCCAGAGACCUGGUCAGGCAUGGUUGUAGGUGCAUUGUGCGCCUUAGCUGGUGUACUGACGAUAGCCAUGCCUGUGCCAGUCAUCGUCAAUAACUUUGGGAUGUACUACUCUCUGGCAAUGGCCAAGCAGAAGCUACCCAAGAAGAGGAAGAAACACAUCCCUCAGGUACAGGGAGGUUCUCCAUCCUACUGCAAAGCUGAUCUCAACACCACCUGCAACAGCACUCAAGGGGACCUGUGCCAUGUCAGAGGAGGCAGGAUACUUGAGCGCAAUCGUUCAGUUUUAUCAGCAGACUGCAGCGGUGGCAGUGACCUUACUAUGUCUCCGGAGGAAAGAAUCCCAAUGCGAAGGUCCAGUACCCGAGAGCAGGACCAUCUGAGUGGGGGGACAUGUUUCCUCCUUGCUGCUAGUGACUACACCUGCCCAGCAGAUGGAGGUAUACGAAAAAUAGGCUACGAGAAAUCUCGGAGCUUAAACAACAUAGCAGGCAUGACUGGCGUGGCUGGCAACGCCUUGAGGUUGUCUCCUGUGGCCUCGCCCUAUGGAUCACCCUGUCCACUGCGCCGCUCUCGCUCCCCUAUUCCCUCCAUCCUGUGAGACGUCCAUCCUGUAGCCAUCUUUGGCCCAAACCCCGCAUCCUACCACCCUCACAGACCACUUCUUUUUAGCAUAACGCCUGAACUCUGCUCUAGAUAUUGUGAUCUGUGGAUAAGUACUUCAAAUUGUUGCUGGGACUAAUGUUAAUAGUCAAGGCAAUAUGAGCAAGCUCUCAUUUUUCCCCUUCUUCCUAAAAGUACAUGUGGUUAGUUAGAGUCCAGAAGUAAUUUGUCUGUUCUCCUGUGUCACUUGGAGUUCCCAUUAGUUCGAUGUUGUUCUCUGAGACUUGCAAUAAAACAAUUCUGACUAAUGGCUUCAGAAGUAGCAGCCAUAACAUUUAAUAUGUAUUAAUAAUCAGGGAUAUUAGAUGUUGUGAUGAGGUACCUUGAAAAAGUUGUGCUUCCAAAAUUAGAAAAAGAGAUGUCACUUAAUUUUGUCCACAUACAACUGUGACUGUGUUUUUGGUUCGCUGUUAUUUUUAGGCUAGGAGGAGGUGCAAUGUUACUCUUUUGUUUCAGCUCACACAUACAUACAGUCUGUCUCUCCUCUCCAGCUGUUGCCUGCUCAUGUUUGUGCACGGAUCAUCAUUUAGCCAUCCUCGGCAAACAGUAGAGGCAAAUAGUAAGGAAAGAUACGAGACAAAUUACUAAUUCAGUAUUAUCGUGCUGGGCUGUGAAUGUGGGUGGAGGGAUGAUGCCUCCACUUGUUUCAUGUUUUAUUUCUUUGGCUUCACUAACAAUCUACGACGGUGACUGAACACAGAACAGCAGCUUAUAAUGUGCGUUUCUCUCUGCUCAGUUGCUGUGAUAGAUUCAUGUUUAACUUUUCCUUUGAUGGAGUGCAACUGUUCUGUUUCUGGUUUACUCACAGAUAACUGCAAAGAGAUUGUCUUUACUGGUUUCACACAAGCAGAGAGCAGCGUUCUGUCUUAAUGGCUUGGGAAAAGGCACCACCAUGGCAGAAAGGUAACCACCUGAAGGGGUGUGAGGUUCAGAUUGCAGUGUGAACAACUUGCUGUUUGUUAAUUAUAAUUUCUGUUUUUGUUUGGACUAAAAUGAAUGCUACUUACUUACUAUUACGAAGAGAUACCGUGUCCUUGUUCACAGAGAUUCGCACAAACUCCUCUUCAUUAGACACCAAUAAAGACUCUGCAUGUAGUAUAAUUGUUACCAAUUGAGUACAUUAAUCAAAAGGUAUUGCACAUUGGGGGUUUUUCACAAGGGAAUAUAACAGUUUGCACCCUAUAAUUGAUUUAUUUAAGUUAAAAAUCUGAAAAAAAAAUAGUUUUGAAAAUCACCAGUUACUACAAAGGGCUAUUAAAUGCUCUCAAGUACCCAAAUCAGACUAACUAAACCUGAAUCCCCUUACAGUUUGCAGGUUUUUAUAUAAACUCAUAUAUCAAACUGUAAACAUUUUUUUUCUAUGACGGAUGUAAAAUGAUCUCUGCACACUAACAGGUGUGUUAGAGCAGACAACCAUUCAGCAAUGUGCCUCACCCAUCCCUGCAGUGUGUCUAUACCCCUAGCACAGGGUUGCUUAGCAACUGGCUUACAGCUAGAUUCAUCUUACGCACAACUCAGCAAAAAGUCAAACAAUUAAAAAAAACUUCUCUCUGUCUGUACACCUCAUUAUUGAUUCACUCCCAGUCCCUCAUCCCCAAUUAAAUUGCUGAAAUGGAAAGUUUUCAUAAAUCCGUAUAGACUUUUGGAUCAUGAUUGAUUUGUACUAAAAAGCCUACGCACCAUAAUGUAUUCUGAAAUUACAUCAACAGGUCAUGUAUUUCUAAUACUCUGAGAUGUGUUUAUUUAGACAAACUCAUUUCCCAUUUAAAUCACAGUGAAAUAAUGUCAACAGUAAUGAUGACCUAUUGCAGUGGAUGACCACAUGUGGAGCCAUAAGGAUGAUAUGGAUAAGGAGCCGCAGACGCUAUUGACUGACAGCUGUCCAGCUAAAGGCUCAGCUAUCAGGGAAAGAACUUUAAAAAAAAAAAUCCUGAGAGGACUUUGAUAAGCCCCCAUAUUUAUUUUUUGCCUCAGUUUUGGAAAUCUUGGAGAAAACCGAGGAGAAAAUAACGGACCUGUCUUUAAAAAAGACUAUCGAAUUGAUAGAUAGUUACUGCUCCUGUAAAUACAAGAAAGCAGCACAUCUGGGCGAAGUGGCUCCGUCCACAAAUCUGUCUAUUGACUUCGAGUCAUGUAACCAACUCGGUUGGUGGUUGCUAGUUGCGCAGUGACAGUCAACACCAAUCACUUUUCUUGCUGUGGUGUCCCCCCUCGCAAUAAGUGUAUUUAAAUGUAUCAGUUGAGGCACUUUGUGUUCUUAAAAUGGGGUGUAUUCAUAUGAAAAUCUACUUAAAAUUAUAUACAGUAUAGAAAGACAAAUGUGCUAAGUUGAAUAAAUGUGACAUUCUGGUCUUCUCUGCUUUUGUUUUAAUUGGUAAUUUCAGUAGGUUAAUUGCUCAGCUGCGUGUAAAUGUGUACGUGUGGGUGGAUGUGCGUGUGUGUGUGUCAGGUUUGUGUGUGUGUGUGUGCAUCCUAAUAUUUCAGCUUGAGAUCUGCAGUCUGAAAAAGAGCAGGUCAGGGAGGACCAGCAAGUGGAACUGAUGCUGACUCUUCCAAAUUAGAUUUAGCACAAACCUGAAAGAGAUAGAGCUCCCCUGAGAUGCAGCCGCCAUUGUAGAAGUCCCCCUUUUUCUGUGCAUCUAACAUGCAACUACCCUGCGUCAGUGCUGCAAAUGUUUGUCUCUUUAAAAACCAAAUUAUUCUUACCAGAUUAUUCCUUAUAAUUCCUGGUGGCUAAAAAAAAAAAACUUUUAAUAAAACUGCAUGACUUGAUUCUUCCAAACUAUUCCCCGUGUUGGGGCGGAGCAAGAGUGUAGCAGAAAUUUACCAAGUCAUAAAGGGACUUCUAGAAUGGCUACAUCUGCACAGUAGCAAUCCCGUGUAUCCAAACAAUCAGAUCGGAUAUGCAGUUAGCAUCCGAUGACAAAAAGCGCCGAUCCACACUGUGAAUUCAGCAGCCGGUUUAAACACGAAGGCGGAAAGGGGAAAAAAAGCAAAAGGGGAAAAUGCAGCUGACAAUGCUAAUGGGCAGGACUGACGAAUGGCACAACUUAUGUGGCAUGUAGGUAGCAUCCUGCAUAGUUAUCACCCUAUACUCAUAAUCCUCCUUGUGUAGUAAACACGCUGCUUUUACUCUUUGAAAUGUCAAAGAAGUAUCAUUCUUUGUGUAUUUUUAGAAUGAUGUUGUAACUUUAAAAAAAAGGGUUUAUUUUUGUUAAUCCAGAACACAUAUUUUUGUGUCUUACUGUUGAGUGCAUUGCUCUCACCUGUGGAAGUCAUGGUAGUCUGAUGCUGUGUUUUCUCCAUUAUGUCCUCAAAUUGUCAGUCUUCUGAUCCAGUUUUCAGUUUUGUAUGUUUUACUGUGAGUAAAAUACAAGUUUGAAGUCUGUAUUCGUGGAGCCUUUUGUUGGCAUUCUAAAGUGCAUGCUGAGAAAAAAAAAACACUAUGUCAAACUGUACAAGAAAGGUGACAUACUGUAUAUCACACUGUGUAUAGUAAAGGUAAAUGCUAUGUGAGAGAU